CCUCACCGUGUUCAUAGAGCUUCUCCAGAGCAAUCCGCGACACUUGCACCAUUGCAUACUCUUAUUCUCGCUGGUCUCGUCUUCAUAUCAUCGCGAUAAUUGAAUGGAAUACUAUUCCUCCUGCAGCUCAAAAGAAACCUCUCUCGAUGUCUAGCCUUCGCGCGGGUGACCAUCACCGAAACGACGACUGUGAAAUGCGGUCUAUGACAUCUUACUUCUCGCGCAUGAGGAGCCUGGCCCUUAACAGCAGCGUGUCUUCAAAGUCUUCGCAUUCUGCCAAUGGCACAUCAUCGAAACCUGUCCUGGUAAUGGGCAAUCCCUCGGCGGACCUGGACAGCUUCGUCUCCGCCGUGGUUACCUCCUUUUGCUACAACCUGGCUGAAAACGAUGCGGCUUACGCCAGGAGACCCAUUUACAUUCCGCUGUUGAAUCUCCCGUCCGUCAGAGCAAGCGACCUAUGGAGACUUCGGCCCGAGUUUGGAGUCGCACUGCGAUUGGCGCUGGGGGAGUCGCCUGACACCGUUGGCAAAGAGGGGCGGGAGCAGGGCAAGACUGAUGCACUGAAGGAACUUGUCACCAUCGCGGACAUUAAGGCUGAUGAGGGAUCAGAGCUACAUAAGCUCUUCACCGACUCCAAGAACUCCGAAUCACAGCCCUCAGAUGCGACGGAGAAACAAUCCCUCUUCCUGGUCGACCACAACUCUCCGUCAAUACCUGGCCUGUCAGACGAAGCGAUAUCGGCCAGAUUUACCGUCUCGGGCUGCAUCGACCACCACGUCGACGAAAACUACGUCGCCCAGGAUGCAGAUCCACGGAUCGUCACGACAGGGAUCGGGAGCUGCACCAGCCUUGUGGUCACGCACUUCCGCGAGCGGGGGAUGUGGCCUUCCUGCUCGAGCGAGCAGCCGGACGAACAGGGCCCAAACACACCGCACAUCGACCCGGAGGUGCUCCAACAGAUAUCCAGACUCGCCCUCGCCCCGAUCCUCAUCGACACCUGGAAACUGCGGGCCAAGGGCGACAAAUGCUCUGACACGGACCGGGAAGUCGUGCGGUUCUUGGAAUCCGUGAUCGCAACGACAGGCACGGGCCAUAGAGACGCCGCCUCAUCGCCGCGAUCGUCACAGCCCGCACGGCAAUCCGCCCCGGCGGGGAUGGCGGAGUGGGACCGCGACGCCUUCUUCUCCUGCAUCGCGACCGCAAAGGCCAACUCCCUGGACCUUCUGACGAUGCAGGAGGUGUUUGAUCGCGACUACAAGGCCUGGACUGAGCGCACCUCCGGCUCCAGCUCUGGCGGCGGUGGUGGUGGUGGUGGUGGUGGUGGUGGUGGUAGUGGCAAGGAAAUCAACAUCGGCAUCUCCAGCCUGGUGAAGCCGCUUUCCUGGCUCGUCGCGCACGCCGGCACCGGCGCCGUCGACGCCUUCCUCGCCGAGAUCGAGGCCUUCGCGACCGACCCCGCCCGCCGGCUGGGCGUGUUCUGCAUGCUCACGCGCACGGGCGACGGGCGCAAGGAAGUCGCCGUGCUGGCCCUGGACGAAGCCGUCGAGGGCGCGAUCGACGCGUUCGAGGCACGCGGCCGCGACGAGCUACGCUUGUCCGACUGGUCUGCUUCAGCUGCCGCCGCUGCGGCUGGAGAUGGCGGCCCCGGCGGAAGCAGCGACGGGGAGGGCGAGGUCAAGGGACUCACCGAGGGGCUUACGAGAAAGUUCGGCGACAAGGGUCGCUGGAAGAUCUGGUGGAUGGGAGACACGAGCAAGAGUCGCAAGCAAGUCGGGCCGCUGUUGAGAGAUGCGGUGAGAAACCUGUAGGACGACGGGGAUUGAAUCUGGUAUACUACUUGAGUCGCUCCAAUGAUUCUGCAUGUAUUGGGAUCAUAUUCAUGCUCGGAUUCUCUCUGUGUGUGUGAGAGAAGAGGGAUAACUCU